AUGCAUCACGCAGUAGAGCAGUUUGGCGGGCGUGGCACACGGGAUUCCUUCCCACUGGACGGACUCAACCGGGGACCAUGGGCUCCUGUGGGCGGCCGCGCCUGGCAGCCACCUGCCAGAUGUCCACCUGGAAUGAACCAACACCAGCUCCUUCCUCAUCUACCUCCUGGUCCUAUGGGUGGACUUAACCAUCCCAGUAAAUUCUUUGGCAAUGGGCCCAUGAGAGGUGGGGAAAAGCUAGAGCUUCCUCAGCCAAUGUUACCAGGUCUCCACAGGGAGCAGCAGAGACCUCCUCAUCUCCACCCACCACCUCCUCACAGGACGUGGGAACAACUAGGCCAACUGUAUGAAUCCCACCUCCCGCCUCAAGGACAUCCCAUUGUACCCCUGCCUAAUGAGCACUCACUCCGUCUCCACAAUGGAGGCUAUGCUGGAACUGCUGGACCUCCACCCAACCCACAUCUCCCACACACCAGACCCAACCAACUGCUGAAGUUUGGGGGUCCUCAGGAGCAGCACGUUCCCCGGGGCCCAUCGUUGCUGGGAGAUGAGAUGUGGGCUCAGGUGCAUCAGAUAGAUAACUUGUUGUGUCUCCAGCAGAGGGGCUAUCCAGGGAAGAUGCUCGGUGGACAACUGAAGAGACCAGGUCCUCCAUUGGGAGAGCACUCUGUCAUCCAGCACACUCCACUGCCGCCUCUACACCAGUCAUCCCACCUUCCUGCUGCUGACGACUGUCCCAGUCCCAACAAAAGGAAAAGGAGUUCAGAUCAGGGAAUUCAUUCUGGAAUGCAGCGGUUUACUGGCCCUGGCAAAUCUUUAUCCCAGCAGCCAUCAUCAGUCCACCAUGGUCCCCCAAAACCUGCUUUAUGGAACCCUGUUCACAAGGACAACAGCCAGCCCUGGCAGUCUCACACCACAGAACGCAAGAACCCACCAUCGCAGGAACUUCAGGAGAACAGCAAACACAGAAUGGGCAGCUACACUCAAAAGUCUCCUCCUUCCUCUUCAACCCUUUCAAACAUCUCCCCUUCACCCAACUCCUCUACCAGAAGCUACAACCAGGAAUGUGUUCCUCAAGCCCAGAAAGACACAUUUCACACUCAGGCUGCGAACCAUCGCUCGCCCAACUCCUCCUACUCCAGCUCCAGCUCCAAACUAGGGCUGCCUCCUUCCUGCCAGUCAAUGGAACCUCAUGGUUCUAACAACCAGAGGAGCCUUCACAUUGGGGGCCAAGGUGGGAGCCAGGCUAGCUCUUACUCAGCACCAACUCCAACCAGGGGGGCCAGAGAGCCGCAUGUCCAAUCGUCACCAGCAAACCCCCCUGCAACCAGCACGAGUGGCAGCAGCAGCAGUGUGCCUUACAGCCACUUCCAGCCUCAUCCAGGACUGGGACACCAGGGUGGUCCUCCUCUUCCUCCCCAUCCUCGUCUUGCCAGCAGCAACUCAGUGUCUCAGCAACAACAACGUGGGCCACAUGAAGCCUGGAGAUACCAGAACAGGACCAGCAGUCACUCCCUGGAUUCCCUCAUCUACAGACCUCCAGGACUGCUACCUCAGCACCAGCAGAGCCACAAUCAGGUCAUGGAUAGCCAGGUUCUCCGCCAGCCUCACCAUCACGCCAGUCCAUCUCUGCCACCAACCAACUCCACUCGAGCCCCUGUAAUUACCCCAAAUGUCCCCAUCUCCAGCUCUUUUAGUGGCUACAGCAACUGCACCAACUCUAGUGGUGACAGCACAGUGACUCCCUCUACUGACCGCUCUGUGAACAGCACCAACAGAUGGCAAAGAGGACAAGAGUCAGCAUCUCACAACUCCACCAGUAAUGCCAUCAGCUCCAACCCUCAACUGGAUGUUCUGCUGCAAACACGUUGUCAGAGAAGAGAACAAGCUCCACCCGCCAACCAGUCAGGACAGCACAGCCUGCACAGAUCACAACCACAGGAAAACACCAAGUCCCAGCCCAUGAAGGGGAAUACGCCCGUCUACUCUAAAUCUGAUUUGGAAGGGCUGCUCUCGAGCACCUCCUCCCCCCCCCCCCCCCCCCGCCUUUCUUCUGCCGCUGCUACUUCUUCAUCUCCCCCAAGCUCCCAUGCAGCACCCAUGUACCCCUGGCUGAGUCGCGGUGGACUAUUGCCCUGUCCAGCAGGCCAGGCCACCUCUAGCACUGCUCCUGCAGAAAGACUACGGCCACCGCCUCUUACGCCUCAGACUGAAUAUGCUAGAGAAAAGCAGAGGCAGCGGGAGAUGUGGAACAACAAUGGCGGAACGACAUUCAGUCCCCCAUCAACACACAAUACCUCAGGGAUGAACCAGACGGUGUAUCCAAACAAGCCUCCGGCAAUGCAGGCUGCACCCAACCAAUCCAAAGACACAUCCAAGGAGAGGGAGAGCAGCCAGCACUCUCUCCCACCAAUGGCACUUAGAGAACCCCCCAAACUGUAUCAGGCUUUCCCCAGAGAAAACCCUCCCCCACCACCUUUGUCAUCCAUGUCUAGAGCAGGAAUUCUUAGCAAACGUGUAACAGGCAGUAGUCUGGAAAAAGAUGGCAGCGAUUCAGACAGUGCUCAGUUUGAGGAGGAGCCCUCGGAAAUGUCCACCUUGCUCCCCGAUGGCCUGGCAAAUAUAAUGGCCAUGCUGGACGAGUCCAUCAAGAAAGAGGAGGAGAUGUUCAACAGAGAGAAGAGUGGAUCUGCAGGUCUUCUCGACAACUUUUCCGCCAGGGUUCCAACCGUCCAAAGCUACCUGUGUGCACCAGACCUUGUUCCCGCAACAAAGAACCAGCCCAACCAGGACGACCUUGGAUCCAAUCCUCAUGCUAGUCCUCCUGUGCUCAGCCGCCAGGGCUCCCUGGCAUCCCCUUGCAGUCGGACGUCUUCUCUCAACGAGGAGGACGACGAGUACCUCAAGUCGUCUUCUGUUGCUGCCAAACAGUCAGUUGAAAUUAGAACAGGAGAGAGUAACACCAGUUACCGCCACAGCGACCUUGCCAAACUGUACGGUCUCCCUGAACAGACGAAAAGCGAAGCUGAUGAGGACGAUGAAGAGGAGGAUUCUGAGACCCCAUCAUGUUCCCCACCCCCUCAAAGACCCCACCUACACCAGACAGGUGUAAACAGCAUGUUCAAGUCCCUAGCGACAGUUCUGGAGAGCCAGAAGUAUGCAUACAGAGGUGGGCCCUUUGGGAGACCCCCUCCAUCUGCUCUGGUUGGAGUCAAAUAUUCUUCCUCUCUGUCAUUAGGACCUGAUAUUUGCCGCCAACAGCAAAGUGGGUCUCCUACUUCAGACUCCACCAAUCCACCCUUUAGUCCAGCUCUUCCAGCAGUAACGUCUUCUGCUUCCCUACUAGAAGACAAGAAAUUGAAAAUGGAACAUGCUGACAUCUGGAUAGAAGGUGGAGAGAAAACGGAGGAAAUCAUGGAAUCUAUCAAAAAGAAGAGUCUUCCUCCCACCAAACCUAUUAAAGUGGUCAAGGAUGAGAAGCAGCUGUCAACCAUCUCAGAGUCCUCUCUGGCAGAACUGGGCAAGAGCUGUGAGAUGCUGCUCAGUCAACAGUCACUCUCCAACAAGAACUCACUCAGUAAACUGGACAGUCACGGUAACUGUGAGAGCCACAAAUCUGACAAGGUAAAGGAACACAGGGACAAAGACAGGCACCGGGACAAAGACAGGAGUAAAGAAAAAAAGAGGAAGCACGGUCACAGCCACAGCAGCAGCAGGAAACACGAAGACAGAAAAGAAAAGAAGAAGCACAAAGAGAAGAGAGAGGAGAGUGCAUUUUCCUCACCCUCGUCUUCAUCAUCGCCGUCCUCCUCGACCAACCAUUCCAGCUCCAGCCACAAACGGCACAGGGAUGGCAAGAGCCACAAGGAAAAGAAAGAUCGUAUAAUCCUCGGGGACCUUAACCUCCAGAGUAAAGAGGGAUCGGAGAGAAGGGAGAAGAAUAGAAGUCACUACGAUACAGACAAAAGAAAACGCAAGGAAGCGUCCAGUGGCAGCUGCACUAGUGAAGGAGAACGUGCAGAAUGGGUCUCAGAAAGUUCCGAUGAAAGAUUUUCUGAAGACAAGAGAGGAUCUGGUUCUUCACUAGUUUCCGCAGAUUACAUGAAGCUGAAGGCGUUGUCAGACGGGCCACCCAAAGAGCUAAAGAUCCGCCUGAUCAAAGUGGAGAGUGGGGACAGAGAGACAUUUAUUGCUUCAGAGGUAGAAGAAAAGAGAAUUCCACUGGAAGAAAUCAGCAUCAAAAACUCAGCCAGUGAAAUCAUCAGGUCUUGCAAGGGAACCAGGAUUAAAGAGAAGUUCAAAGAAUCCUACCUGCUUCCAGCUUUUUCCGUAAAGCCCAUCAUGACCACAGAGGAACCCUUACCUAGAGAGAAACUCAACCCUCCUACACCCAGUAUCUAUCUGGAGAGCAAGAGAGACGCCUUCUCCCCUGUGCUGCUGCAGUUCUGUACAGACCCCAAGAAUCCUGUGACUGUCAUCAGGGGCCUCGCUGGGUCGCUAAGACUAAACCUGGGUCUGUUUUCUACAAAGUCCCUGGUGGAGGCUAAUGCAGACCAGGCAGUGGAGGUCAGGACCCAGGUGCAGCAGCCAGCUGAUGAAAACUGGGACCCCAGUGGCAAAGGUCAAACGUGGCCCUGUGAGAGCAGUCGCUCCCACACCACUAUUGCCAAGUAUGCUCAGUACCAGGCCUCCAGCUUCCAAGAGAGUCUGCAGGAGGAGAAAGGCAGUGAUGAUGAGGAGGAUGAUGAUGACAAGGAAAAGAAGCCAUCUAACAGCGCUGACACACCACUGAAGGAAAGCUGUAAAGAAGUUAACAGUGGUGAGCAGAAACCCCUGGGGAAGAUUAUUAAAUUUGGCACCAACAUUGACCUGUCGGAUCCCAAAAGGUGGAAGCCUCAGCUUCAGGAACUGCAGAAACUUCCGGCUUUUAUGAGAGUUUCAUCCAAUGGAAAUAUGCUGAGCCAUGUUGGACAUACAAUCCUUGGGAUGAACACUGUCCAGCUCUACAUGAAGGUUCCAGGGAGCCGCACACCAGGUCACCAGGAGAACAAUAACUUCUGCUCAGUAAACAUCAACAUUGGUCCUGGAGACUGUGAGUGGUUCUCUGUUCACGAGAACUACUGGCAGGCCAUCAGUGACUUCUGUGAAAAACAUGGUGUGGACUACCUGACAGGCUCCUGGUGGCCUGUGCUAGAGGACUUGUACAACGCCAACAUCCCAGUGUAUCGCUUCAUUCAGCGUCCUGGGGACCUGGUGUGGAUCAACGCUGGAACCGUUCACUGGGUUCAGGCUGUGGGCUGGUGCAACAACAUUGCCUGGAAUGUGGGGCCUCUACAUGCUUACCAGUACCAGCUGGCCCUGGAGAGGUUCGAGUGGAAUGAAGUGAAGAAGGUGAAGUCCAUAGUGCCCAUGAUACAUGUGUCCUGGAAUGUGGCCCGCACACUCAAGAUCACUGACCCAGACACUUACAAGAUGUUGAAACACUGUCUGCUGCAGUCCAUGAAGCACAUCCAGAUCCUCAGAGACCAGCUGGUUGCAGACGGCAUGAAGAUUUCUUAUCAAAGUCGGGUCAAGGACGAGCCUGCCUACUACUGCAAUGAAUGUGAUUUGGAGGUGUUCGAUUUGUUGUUCGUGACGAGUGAGAGCAGCAGCAGGAAAACGUACGUGGUCCACUGUGAGGACUGUGCACGUCAGCGUAGUCCCAGCCUGAACAGCGUGGUGGUGCUGGAGCAGUACCGCAUGGAGGAGCUGAUGAACAUCUAUGACUCAUUCAGUCUGGCCCCUACUUCCUCCCGGUGAUGGAGCUCCCCUCCUGCAUCCUCUCAGCCAUAACCAAAAUUCCUGCACGACAGGACAAAAAAAGAAACAUCACUGUUUUUUUAAAACUGACAGUGAAUAAUUAUUUAAAGAUCAUCUUUGCUACUACUGCGAAUACUUGCUGAACAGCUAGUAGAAUACGUUUACUCAUCAUUACUGUUUACAUAAAGAAAUACCAAGCCUCCAGUAAAGAAAGAAAAAAAAACAACAGUUUACUCUCAGAUGGUGCUUUCAAACACAAACCCUGGCAACAGUGAAGUUGACAACCAGGGGGCGGUCGGUGCUGCCAUUGAACAAAGGGUGGAGGCUUGGCAAUCCUUUCAAUGGCGUGUAUCUGUCAGUACAAGAAAGAACGUUCCGAUGUCAUUGUUGUCUUGAAUACUGAAAUUUGUACAAGCUGUUUGCAAUUUUUGUGGGUGGUGCUGUUUUUUUUUUUAAGUAAUUUAUAUUUUUUUUUCUAAACUAGAUCAGCCUAGAUAUAUACCACAUUGGCCUUGUAUUUAGAGAAGAGACAAAAUUACAAAAAUACUAAUAAUAGAGAUAUGAACAUUUUUCUAAAGCAUUAAGAUUUUAAAAACAAAUGGUUUGGAAUGCUUCAAAACUUACGGGUUUUAAUGACUUUGGUUGUUUUGGAGAGACUUCAGUUCCUUGUUGUAAAUUUUGUGAUUUUCUUUUAUCGAUUCCUUGAUUUUCUCUGGAGGAUAAUGUUCAGUUGUCACACAUCAUCAGGUCUUCAAUCCUCAGUUUCUGUAUGAAAAGAAGAAGAAUGAAAAUCAUGGUUUUUGCGUUGUUUUUGUUCAGGUGUUCUUUUUCCUGUAUGGAUAUUUUCUCUUUUUUCAGCAUUGUACAUUUAAUUUAAUAUUUUCUCUAUUUAUUGGAUAUCAAUGUUCUCUUCUUUUUUUUAACGGGGUUUUAAAAGUUUGAACUUCUCCAUUAGUUUGUGAGGUGAGGCAUUGCUCUGUCAGAACUAUGAUGUGGGGGUUUUGUGUUGGCAGGAGUGGAGGCUGCUGUUCGUCUGGUGCUCGCCUCCCACUGCUCCACUGUUUUUAUUUCUCCUCUCCUGAUAUAUUUAACGACACCUUUAUCUAAUGAAACACCACCUUUCCUGUAGAUGAUAGGGACACUGCUCACAUAGAGAAGAUGGAAUGCUGUGUUUGUAUACUCAUCAUGGAGGAAAAAAAAGACAGCUUUUUGCAAAGUGUUUUGAAUUUUUUUUUAUAAUGUAGGGGAGUUUUUAAAUGAGAUUUUAAUGAUUUUAUAAUAUCUGUUAAAUUUGAUAACAGGAUAGAUGGUGCUAAAUGUUCUCCUGGAAUACCUUCUUUUGACUUCUUGAAAUAAGAAUUCUAUUUUUUCCUGUUGCAAUAUCACCUUAACCUUUUCCUUCUCUUUGUGGUCAAUUAUUUAUAACUGCACUGUUUAGAGAAUUCACAGACAUACUUGCAGAUACACACAUACACAUACAUACAUACAUACACACACCAAACUGAGCCAGACAUGUCUUAAACACUUGUGAAAUUGUGUGACAUUACUAUGACUAUUAAACGCUUUUUGAUAAAUCCAGAA